ACCAGGCCACUCAAUCCUCUGGAGCCCUGCAACCUCGCCCCCAACUUGCCGGCUACCCGGGCCGGACACACCAGUGUAGCACAAAACACAAGCACUGUUCUCCACCGACACCUUGAGUAAUCGGCAAAAAUGGCAGGUCUGCUGAGCGGCAGCCGCCUCGCUCGCUUCUGCUUCUUGGCCUCCUGCAUUGCGCUCGCGGCACACACCUCCGAAGCCAGCCGGCGGGACCUCAUCGGCAUCAGCAUCGGCAAAGGCGGGGGGAUCAGCAUCGGCAUCGGCGGUGGUGGAGGCAGCUCGCCCCCGAAGCAGCAGCCGCCGUCGUCCGAGCCGCAGGCAUGCGACUUCGAGAACGAGCGGAUAUACAGGGCGUACCUCGUCAUCCAGAGGUUCAAGAGGACGAUUACCAGCGACCCCCAGUGCAUCACCAACACCUGGACCGGCACCGACGUCUGCGGCUCCUACAAGGGCUUCUUCUGCGAGAAACCGCCCAACGUCAACGAGCGGGCCCUCGCCUCCGUCGACUUCAACGGCUACAUGCUGCAGUCCGCCUCCUUGGUGAGCUUCGUGGACGCGCUCCCCGACCUCGCGCUCUUCCACGCCAACUCCAACAACUUCGGCGGCGUCGUCCCCAACCUCAGGGCGCUGCAGUACUUCUACGAGCUUGACCUGAGCAACAACAAGCUCGCGCCCUGCCCCUUCCCGACGGACGUGCUGGGGCUCACCAACUCCACCUUCAUCGACAUCCGGUUCAACAAAUUUCUCGGCGGGCUGCCGGCGGGGCUCUUCUGCUCGUUCCCGAUCGUGGAGGCCAUCUUCGUCAACAACAACAAGUUCGACGGCAAGCUCCCGGACAACCUGGGCGACUCCCCCGUGAACUACCUCUCCCUCGCCAACAACCAGUUCACGGGACCGAUCCCCUCCUCCAUCGCCCGCGCCGCCAACACGCUCCUCGAGGUGCUCUUCCUCAACAACAAGCUCAGCGGCUGCCUCCCGUACGAGCUCGGCCUGCUCGCCAAGGCCACCGUCAUCGACGCCGGCACGAACCAGCUCACGGGCACCAUCCCGGCGUCCUACGCGUGCCUGCGGAAGGUGGAGCAGCUCAACCUGGCGAACAACCUCCUCUACGGCGUGGUGCCCGACGCGCUCUGCCGCCUCGCCUACGACGGCCACCUCACCAACCUCACGCUCUCCGGCAACUACUUCACGGGGCUCGGGGCGUGCUGCUGGGACCUGAUCAAGCAGGGGAAGCUCAACGUCGACCGCAACUGCAUCCCUUAUGCGCCCAACCAGCGGUCGCACGACGAGUGCGCCGGGUUCUUCCACAGGACCAAGAUGACCUGUCCCGUCAGCACCCAUGUCCCGUGUUACCACAAGAGCUACGGUGUGGACGCCGCCGCGGAGGAGGCCAAGGCGGCGGCGGAGGAGGCCAAGUACCGGACCUACUCGGCGCUGAAACCGUGAGCCCAAGCUAGGCUCUCAGCUGCCGACGGCAGCCGAGGAUACAUGCGUUGAAACUCCAAAAACUCGAAAGUGAAGAUGGAAUUGCACUGUGCGCCUCGUGAACGUACGCUACGCGACGCAGCUGCUUGGCUAGUUGCGAUGCAUUCCCCGGUUGUUGUGUUGAUAUUGUUUGUCGUGUGUACGUAUUUUUCUAGUUCUGCUCCCUUUUCCAUACCGCCAGCACAUGGCAAAGAAUCUUCAGUUGCUGAUGAUUGGCCGUGUCCGGAAGCUCCUGCGCGACCUCUUUUCAUUUCCUUUCGCUGCAUCAGCUAUCUUGGAACUUUCGUCUUUGGGCAAUUCCUUCCUUCUUGUAAUCACUGUUUAUGCAUGGCAACACCUCCUAUAAAUUUCCUUUUUCACAUUCAA